AUGUGGUCUGCAGGGCAAGGACACACGACAUGCUGUUACAUGGGGAAGCCUCCGGGAGCCGGGGCGGAGUCGAAGGGACUGCGUGGACGCGGACUGGGCGCAUCGGGUCAUGGCGAGCAUCAGCACCGCCGCGGCGAUGCAGGUCUGGCAUUGUGCGUGAGAAGCAGAUUCGGCUGCUUCGAAUCACCACCACGUGCAUUCUAG